GAGUUCAGUACUGGAUGCUCUCAUAGGGUUGUGUGGAACAAGUUGCACGAGUUUGGAUAUCAACAUGUCUGCAAUGAACAGUGAGCAGGUACAUCGGUCAACCUUGGAGAUUUACUCGAGCUUGAUGGAUGAGUUCAACCCAGGCCUGCAAAAUCUCGUAUCACUAGGACACAGCUACGUCCGAGCUUUUCAAGCUCUGGCUGUAAAAAGUGAGGCUUACUUCACUGCACUUUCACAGAUGGGUGAGCAGGCCUUCCACUCCACGUCCUCGCGUUCCAUCGGAGAUGUUCUGAUUCAGAUGGCUGAGAGCCAAAAGAAACUCACCUUGGAGCUGGAGGAUGUAUUCAGAUGGUUCAAUGAAGACAUUCUUCAGGAGAUGGACAAUAACGUUAGACUCGACAAAGAUUACAUAUCAGGCAGCAGAAAAGAAUAUGAGAGGAGUGUCUACAGUCAGGCAGCAAGUAUGGACAGACAGCUGAGGCGUGGUGCUACGCAGGACGGUGCUGAGCAUUUGCAGUUCCUUCGGCAAAGAUACAGCGAGGCUCUAAAGGAGGAAGAGAGAAGAUAUCGCUUCCUGGCUGAGAAACACUGCGGCCUCAUCCAGUCCAUGUCCCGCCUCAUGAAUAAGAAUGGAGGUUCUCUCCACCAGAAGGCUGAGUACUGGAGAGAGGAGGUAAACGCCACCAGAGGAUCGGAUGCCACACGGCCGCCUGGCCCCGAGAUCAAUGCACAGAUAAGACAUGAAAACUGGAAGAACAGAGAAGAGCAGCCUCUCGGCAAAAUACCAUCAAGAGCCCCGUCCCCCCAGGGAAGCAUAUACCGUUCUACCGGUGAAUCGACGGGGGGUGCGGGAAGAUCGGUGAGGGCCAGGGUGGCCCAUCAGCCCGUUGGCUCCAAUCCAACCCUGCUGCACUUUGCCAGGGGAGAGACCAUCACCGUGCUGGUCCAGCAGCCCAAAAACGGCUGGCUGUACGGCCGUGCGGCGGGCAAUAAUUCACGUCAGGGAUGGUUCCCCGCCUCCUACGUGGAAGACGCGGAUGACCCUCCGAUGCGAGCUGAUUCGGGUCCCGCUCUCCGGGGAGGAAGCAGCAGCAGUGUGAGCAGCCGCUCGGACACAGCAGGAACAAACACGCCACCGCCGCCUCCUCCACCUCUGCUAUCGCAAUCCUCAAAUAGAUACUCUCAGAUGCAAACGGGCACACCUGACAGGGGGACGCAGCCUCAUCCAGAAAAAAAGCAAUCCCAGCCACAAAGCUCAAAACCAGAACUCUUUCCGAGGGGCACAAACCCAUUUGCAACAGUUAAGUUGAAACCUACAUCCACGAAUGACAGGUCAGCGCCUCGUCUUUAUCGCUAAUGUCAUUUUAUUUAAAAAAAAAAUAAUAAUGAAUUAUGUUUGAUGAUUCUCCACUCGUGAUGCAGUUCCUUUUGCAGCGGUCGAUAUUCAAUUUUUUUUUCCUAUUCUGCUCAGACUUGUACGUUGGCAUUCUAGUUUUUCUUGUUAGCAAAAUGGUAUUGUCAGUCGUUAUCCAUGUUCUUAAACAGGACUAGAAUUCUUUCUCCAGCAUUGUACUUAUUUUUUUCGGUCGGGUAAAUAUGAACCAAUGUACUUUACCACUAAUAACCAGCAGGGGGCAUCACCACUGUCCUAGCAACAAGUAUACUUUUUCCCAAUCUUUGGCUAAAUUUCAUAUUUGAGGGAUUUUGUUUUGUUUGUAUUGAGCAUUAUCAUUAUAUGUUUGAAAUGCUCAGCCUUCAAAUUUUAAUUCUUUUAAAAUCUCCAGGCUUGAUGCCAAUGAACUCUCAGUUUUUCUGUUUUAUUUAGUAGUGUUCAUUGCCGUUGCACUAUGGCUCUGCCUUGCGUCUCUGUAUGUUCUCACCUAAAUAGCAAUUGGACAAACCAAACUCUGCCAAAGGUUAAUGAAAGUUCUAAGAAGUUGCUUAAAAUCUUAAAUAUCUACACAGUCUGGAAUGUAAAAGUGUAAUAAUGAGAUCGUUUUUGUAUA